AGCAUUACAUUUCCAGAAUUUUUACCCUUUUUGUAUAGCUAAAUUACCAAUACUCCAGAUCACGUUGUUAAUGACCACCAUAUUAUCUGAUAUUAUUUUUAAGGCGUCUCGGUGCAGUUGUUAUUGUUUUGUUCGGGAUACCUUAGACUUCGAAAUUUGAACAUGCCCGUGAAAACGUCACAUUAUUACUCUUAUCUCUUGGUUGUUCAUUAUAAAUACCCGAACAUUCAACUCCAUACAAUAGUGUUAAGAGGGCGAUGUGAAGCUCAUUUUGUCAUGACAUUGGACAAUSGUGAAAUUCAAAUAAUGGAAAAUAAUCAAAACUUCAUUUGUUCACUAUUGUGAAAAAGAAAACUAUAAGCAGUAUUUAGCAGUAUUUGUCUAACGGAUUAAAUUUGUUCUGAUUUGUUUAUGCUAGCUCAAUCUGAUUCGGUCUACCUCCGCCUCUUUGGUCAGCUGAUAUUCGCUAUCAGUAACAGUUCUCAUUGAAAACACGUUCAAAGUAAACUUUGGUUUUAACGUGGACUGACCAUUUACACUAUUUUCUCUCUCUCUCUCUUGUCCAAGCUACAAAACUUUCAAUGGUGUACAGUAAAGAUAUAAGGUGGCUGGCGAUACUGAUGAAAUUUGGAGAAAAUAGGUCACUCAAUUAUAUAUCUAGAGUACUAAAACUUUCAAAGAGUACAAUUACAAGAAUUAUAAAGAAUUAUCGAACAACGGGAAGCGUUAAUCCCAAGCAACUUGGACGACCACCCAUCAGCACUCUAAUGACCAGGGACCAACAGUUUGUACUAUGGGAGUACAUUUUAAAACACAGUACCUCCUAUUUGAAAGAGAUGAAGCAAUACUUGCAUAGAACAACGGGAUCGGAUAUCAGUGUCACGAGUAUCUAUUCCAUCCUAAAACGUUUUCGUUACACACGGAAAAGGCUGCACCGCAUAGCCUUAAACAUAAAACCAGAAUUGGUGGAAAAGUUUAAGGACGACGUCAAGGUGUUUCGCCCUGAAGAACUUGUUUUUCUCGAUGAAUCGUUUUGUGAUAGAMGUAUUUCUCGAAAUUAUGGCUUCAGUUGGAGAGGAAAAAGAGCUCGAGGAAAGUAUGCAUCACCGCAUGGACCAAGGGUUUCUGUAAUGGCAGCAAUUGGCCACAAUGGCCUAAUGUGCUUUCGAAAUGUGGUCAAAAAACCAUUCAAUAGUCGAAGAUUUUUACGAUUUCUUACGACGGACCUUGCGCCACUUCUUAACCGCUAUAAUGGGAGAAAUAACAACUCCGUUGUUAUCAUGGAUAAUCAUCCUGCACACCAUGUUCCUGGUGUUCGAGCUGUAAUUGAGAACACGGGGGCAAUGCUCCUGUACCUGCCACCAUACAGCCCUCAGCUCAAUCCAAUAGAAGGAAUAUUCUCAACUAUGAAGCAGUGGCUUAGAACCCAUGAUAAACUUUUAAUGAUAACAGACGAUCCGGAAUACCUCGUGUACAAGGCACUGAUAGAUAUUAGCCCUACAACAGUCAGAGCGUAUUAUUCUGGUUGUGGUUACCACUAAGUGUAAAUACCUUUUAAGCUAUUAAAAUAGCCGAUCUAAAAUAACUAAAUUUCUUACAAUCGAAGUUACACAGUACUGAUACAAUUGUACCUCGCAAUUCUAGUCAUAGUAUCUUUUUUACAAUCAUAGUCACUAUGAACUUUUAAGUUGUGAUAUUCACAAUAUUACUCUAGACAUUAUCACUACCUCACUAUAUAAAACACUGUUUUAUGAUGAAGUUAAUAUUAGUAACAAUUCAGUAAGUGCUUU